UUUGGCUCCACGCGCUGCAGGUCCGAACGGCAGCUGCAAGAACCGCACGUGAGGAUCGCCUUGCUCUCUCUUGCAGCGCUCCGGUGCUCUCCCCUCAGCACCGGCGCACAAGCUUUCGCCACGCCUGCUUUCCUUGAGCGCGGCGAACAGAGUUGAUAUCCGGAGCCUUAACCCAAGCGCUGGCAUGGCCACUACUACAGCGGGACGCGGCGAGGAAGUCGCCGAAAUCGAGAUCAUGUAUUGCGGAGGAUGAGGCUACGUACGGUUCUACAACCGCCUGACGCCCCAGCUGGAGGCGGUGUUCGGCGACCGCAUCCGCUUCAUCCAGACCGAGGACCCCGGGGUCACCGGGCGCUUCGAGGUGGUGCUGCGCAACACCGGGGAGCUGCUGCACAGCAAGAAGACCCGCGGCCAGGGCCGCUGCGAGGACCCCCGCGAGGUGCAGGCCCUGGUCGACCAAAUCCAGAAGUUCUUGGACUCUUCGUAGACCAAUCAUAUCGUCGACUAGGACCCAGGGACCGUUCCUCGAAGUGGUUGACCGUUCCUAGACCACUGAAAGUGUCGAGGGGCACGCGCCGCGAAGCUAAAGGUGUACGGGGGUAUUGUGGAGCUGCGCACCAUAGCCCUGCAGGGAGUUGCUUGUGUGACCGCGAUAGGGGGGGAGUGGACUUGGUGCAUUGUCGCUCUGCUCUGCGUGCACACACGCGAGGCACACCGUGUCACACGACCAUCAGGCCGGGUCGCGCAACGACGGAUGAGCCAACAGCCCUCUCUUUGUUUCCGUGGGCUUUUCCUCUCUUGGUUGGUCCAACCGUUCCGCCUUGCGUCGCGACCAAUGUCCGCCUGGCGAGGCGAGUAGGGACGGCUUGGGGGGCUAGGUAAGGCCGAGCCCUUGCAAUAGUGCAUUCGAAGCUGCAGAGCUUCGGCGAGUGGUCAAGCGGCGUACGUGGCGAUUGUUAGUCUUUGGGAUCGGGUCGAGACUGGCGGUACAAAGGAGGGAGACGACAAACAUGACAUCUUGGGGAAAGCUAGGCGAGGGAAUGACGGAUCCAGCGUAAACGGAGUUUGAUUCCAUCGCUUGGGUCUCGAGAUACUCGUCGCUUGACUCCUUGUUGUCCAGUGUUGUCUUCCUCCUUCUUGCUGGUCAAGGUGUAAAUUGUUGCAUUGAGAGAGAUGCGCUCGGUGAGAGGGCACCUAUCGUUUUUGGCACAUCGGGGUGGUUGGCUUUCCCGUUUGGAUGUGUACAUGCAUGAAACUUGUUUAUGGAGUUGUUGAGGGUACGGACAGUGACGAACAGCAAGCACGUGGCUGACGUUGUGGCCCACACGUAGCCCAUCGAUCACGACGAAUCUUCUACGGUGGGUGAGGCCUUCUUGCGAUUGCUGUUCGCCUCACGUUUCUACAAGGACAAGACAAGCAACUACUGCCGCGCGUUACGCAAGAUGAGUCAUGUUCAUCUGUGCCGAAGGAAGCAACAUGGCUAUUAUCUUCGACUGAAGGUGGCCUAUAGC